AUGAGUGCGAUAACUGUCACGCCAGGCGUAAAUGCCACUAUCGGGGUUGUGGACACCGAGGGUCCGGUUUUCACUCUGCACUAUCAGAUCUUGUUCCGUGUCUUGGGGACUUGUUUGGUUGCAUAUGUUGCUUGGCUGUAUUUGUUGAGAAUCGGCGCACUAUGGAACUCUCAACUGGAGCCUCCGAUGCUGCCAUAUUGGAUCCCUGGUAUUGGCCACAAUAUUUCAUUUUUCAUAGAUGUUGAGAAGCUGUUGGUGGCUGCAAGAUCAUAUUUUCGGAUCCCUGCGCAACCCUUCAGUGUUUUAAUUGGAGGUCGCCGCACAUACGUAAUUCUUGACCUUCACGAUAUUGCCGAUACUCACCAGAAAACGAAAGAGCUACAAUUUGACGCCUACAUCGACCAGUUCAUGGAAUACGUCUCAGUCUCCAGAAAGGCCAGAGAUAUCCUAUGGGGAACUACUGUCAGCGAGACAUCCUUAUCGGUCCCAAAUUCUCUUCGAUCUUGGAUACGAGCAGAUAUGACUCAAACUUCAUCCCGAAAGUUCUACAGCGAAUUCUUAUUAGAGCUCGACAGCGUUAUGCAACAGGGGAGCCCUUUCACAACGGGUAAGAGCAGUGAGCAUGACAUGCUCAAGUGGACAAGUGACAUUAUCGUCAAGGCUUCCACAAAGAGCUUCUUCGGAAAUGCUCUCUUCGAGAAGUCGCCUGGACUUGUCGACCACUUUCGCAGAUUCAAUCGUCAAACCUGGAAACUCUUGUAUAAAUACCCGAAAUUCCUAUCGAGAACAGCUUACGACUCGAGAGACUCUGCAAUCGAUGGUCUUGAAAGGUACUUCAAGAUGCCGCAGGACCAAAGACGAGAUGCGGCUCCGUUUGUGAUAAAGGCUGAGGAUGAGAUGCGAAAACACGGGAUAAGCGAUUGGGAUAUUGCUGCUGUUCUGUUCAAGCUAUACUGGGCCAUCAAUGGAAACCCAUCUGUUCUUGCGUUCUGGCUUCAGGUUCGAACUCUUUACACCCCUAAUCUCAAGGAGGGUAUCAAAAGUGAGGUCGCACCAGCUUUCAAGAAUGGUAUUCACCACCAACCAGAUGUAGAAUACCUCAAAGAAUGUCCAAAGCUCAACGCGACAUAUUACGAGGCGAUGCGACUCCACAGCGGCUCAUCCAGCUUCCGGCGCGUCGCCCAAGACACAACAAUCGCUGACUUCCAGCUCAAAGCCGGGAACGAUUUCGUUGACAACCCGAAGUUACACUCGGCGAGAACGUAUCAGCCAUUCGGCGGAGGUACGACGUUAUGUCCCGGAAAGCUUUUGGCGCGGCAAAUGGCUUUAGUGUAUCUUGCGAUCCUUGUCACGCGAUAUGACAUUGAGAUUAUUGGGGGUUGUGAGAGUCAGCCUUUUCCGGAAGCGAAUGAUAGAGUGCCGACGCUGGGUAUCAUCUCUCCGAAACCGGGACAUGAUGUUAAGAUUUUGGUGAGAGUUGUUAGUUAG